AUGAGGCUAUUGAAUGGUUCCCAAAUAGCGCCGCGAUCAAGCUCCGAAAUUGACCAGCGCUCAGCUGAAAUGCCAUUCCCACAACGCACAUCAAGGCUUUUCCAGGCAGUGUGGACGAACUUUGAUGCUUACAUCGAAAAACUAUUUUCUGCCGUAGUCCAUAGUAGCGUCAUUAAUAAUGGAAGUCAUCUGAGUUGGGUCGGCACUAGAGGUUGCGCUCUCGUAUUUACCCUUUUGGAUAUUGCGGUUUCACAUCAGAGUCACGAGGCCCCUAACACGAGGAGGGUGAUGAUUUCUGAGAAAACCGUCGGUGAAGGUAAGAAAGAGAUAUACAAACGAACUAAGAACGAGCUCACCAAGCGAGGCGACGGUAAAGCUAAGAAAGAGGGCAAGCUCAAUCUAACACAGCGCCGCCCGCUAAGCUCCUGGGAGUCAACAGUCUGCCAGGAGAGAGUUCUACCUGCAAGUGCUAGCUGGGUACUAGUAGCAGCCAUGGUCACGGUGUCAGCCACGACAGGCGCGGCGCUGUGGGUCACGUGGUAUGCUGUGACCGUGAGAUGUCCAUUAUACGGGUCGGAUGGGCCGGAUGUCUCGGAUGUCCCGGAUAUUCCAGGAUCGAGAUGUCCUCACGAACGACGCUAG